AUGAUUUUGAAGUUGUGCGUGAUGGUGUACAUCUGCCCCUUUAACUUCAGUCUCCAUCAGCCUUUCAAAAGUCCAAGUCAGAAAGAAGAACUCGAACAAAAGCACCUCCAUCUUUUGCAGAUUGUUGAAAGCGAAAGGACGGCGAAACUGCAAUAUAUUCAACAGUGUGAAGAGCUCGGCACUGAGAUUAAGAAAUUAAGAACUGAGCUGUGUGCCUUAAAGAAGGAAUGGCGUCCAACAAAACCACCUCCUCCAUUGAACCCGCCACUUACCGUCCAGUAUCCAGAAGAUUCCUUGGAACUCAGGAAAAUAAAAAAAGUUCAGAGUUUCUUCCGUGGAUGGCUUUGUCGUAGACGAUGGAAACAGAUCGUUGAGCAAUAUAUAAAAUCUCCUCACGCAGAAAGCAUGCGAAAAAGAAACAGUCUUGUGUUCAGGAUGGUUGAAGCGGAAGAAGAAUAUAUGGAACAGCUGGAAGUCUUGGUCAGCUGUUUCUUGAGACCGUUCAAAAUGGCUGCAUCCUCGAAGAAACCACCCUGCUCUCAUGAAGACGUGAAUUCCAUUUUCCUAAACAGCGAGACAGUCCUGUUUCUUCAUCAAAUAUUCUUGAAGGGACUCACGUCUCGGAUGGAAUCAUGGCCAACGUUAGUGCUUGGAGACCUGUUCGACAUGCUCCUGCCCAUGCUCUCGAUCUACCAGGAGUACGUUCGGAACCACCACUACAGCCUCCAGGUGUUGACUGAGUGCAAGCAAUCCCCUCAGUUCGCCAACCUCUUAGCGCGUCUCGAGAACAAGCCAGCGUGUCAAGGGAGAUCUUUGGAAACUUUCCUAACUUACCCAAUGAGCCAGCUGGAAGUCUUGGUCAGCUGUUUCUUGAGACCGUUCAAAAUGGCUGCAUCCUCGAAGAAACCACCCUGCUCUCAUGAAGACGUGAAUUCCAUUUUCCUAAACAGCGAGACAGUCCUGUUUCUUCAUCAAAUAUUCUUGAAGGGACUCACGUCUCGGAUGGAAUCAUGGCCAACGUUAGUGCUUGGAGACCUGUUCGACAUGCUCCUGCCCAUGCUCUCGAUCUACCAGGAGUACGUCCGGAACCACCACUACAGCCUCCAGGUGUUGACUGAGUGCAAGCAAUCCCCUCAGUUCGCCAACCUCUUAGCGCGUCUCGAGAACAAGCCAGCGUGUCAGGGGAGAUCUUUGGAGACUUUCCUAACUUAUCCAAUGAGCCAGAUUCCUAGGUAUAUCAUAACACUCCAUGAAUUACUUGCGCAUACUCCUCAUGACCAUGUGGAGCGAAAGAGUCUUCAAAAUGCUAGGCAACAGCUCGAAGAUCUAUCAAGACAAAUGCAUGAUGAAGUGAGUGAGACAGAAAAUCUCCGCAAAAACUUGGCAGUGGAAAGGAUGAUAGUAGAAGGCUGCGAUAUCCUCCUCGAUGUGAACCAAGUGUUUGUCAGACAGGGUAAAGAUCCAGAACACAUCUAA